AAACACUCCGCUCGCUAAGUGGGCAGGGCAGGCUGUGAUAUCUAAUUAGGCGACGGGCUUCGUGGUUGGGUGGACAGCUAAUGGUAGUUCUGCUUUACUUAUGUUUGGGGGGUGGCCCCGCGUGCGCAGUCACUCCCUUCUCCUCUUCCUCCUCCCUUUGGGGUUAGUUUGCUUGUGUUUAGUUCCCAGAGACAGUCAAAUCGGAUUCCUUUGGGAAAGGACACAAAUCACUCCCGUUUCAACACGGAGAAUAGCGAGGGAGCUGUCUCCACAAGGGUCCACCUCUCCUGGUUGAUUUCAUAUUGCUCAUUCAUGUGAUUUGAUCAGAGAAUACUCUUUGUGGAGAAAGAUAAGAAAGGAAAGAAAAGGAGGAGAAAAUAAAGAGAAAAAAGUCUCUGGAUGAUGACAUUUGAUCUAACCCUCAGUGAAGACUGUUCUUGAUCCUAUUGUUUCUUAAAGUGACAUUAGACUUUUUUUUUUUUUUUUUUUUUUUUUUUUUAGACGGUAGACCAAAGGGACCUCCAGUCUAAUCUUGCAGUUUUUGUUUGUUUGUUUGUUUAUUGUUGCACGGUGUUCCCAAACCUGGAUGUUGACACCUCGCGUUUCUUUUGGCACGUCGCUCUAUUUUCUGUUUCAGAGAGGAAGCGCUAAUAGAGACAAACGCGGUGACACCUGCUCACCCAUACACUUCUCACUGUCUUUUUUAAAGGAGCGAUCAAAAGAAGCAAGCACCGACUGAGACGGUGACAGGAGUCUUUUUUUCAUGUUCGGGAUUCAAGACAGCAUUCAAAGGAGCGGGAGUAGUAUGAAAGAAGAGCCCAUCGGUGCCGGGAUGAACGCUGUCCGGACAUGGAUGCAGGGUGCCGGGGUGUUGGAUGCAAACACAGCCGCUCAGAGUGGAGUGGGUCUUGCUCGAGCACACUUUGAGAAGCAGCCUCCUUCAAAUCUUCGCAAAUCCAACUUCUUCCACUUCGUUUUAGCGCUAUACGACAGACAAGGACAACCCGUGGAAAUUGAAAGAACCACUUUUGUUGGAUUUGUUGAAAAAAGAAAAGGCAAGUGAAACGAAACUGCCGGAGAAAAGACAAACAAUGGGAUCCAUUACAGAUUGCAGCUUCUUUACAGCAACGGCAUCAGAACAGAACAGGACUUUUAUGUACGCCUGAUUGACUCCAUGACCAAACAGGCAAUUAUGUAUGAAGGGCAAGACAAAAACCCAGAGAUGUGCCGGGUCCUGUUGACGCACGAGAUCAUGUGCAGCCGUUGCUGUGACAAGAAAAGUUGUGGCAAUCGUAACGAGACGCCCUCCGACCCGGUCAUCAUCGACAGAUUUUUCCUGAAAUUCUUCCUCAAAUGCAACCAGAACUGCCUAAAGAAUGCAGGGAACCCACGAGACAUGCGACGAUUUCAGGUGGUAGUGUCUACGACGGUCAACGUGGACGGACAUGUCCUGGCUGUGUCCGAUAACAUGUUUGUACACAAUAACUCUAAACAUGGACGCAGAGCUCGCAGGCUGGACCCGUCUGAAGGCACUCCGUCAUACCUAGAACACGCUACUCCUUGCAUUAAGGCCAUCAGUCCCAGUGAAGGCUGGACGACAGGGGGUGCCACAGUCAUCAUCAUUGGUGAUAACUUCUUUGACGGCCUACAGGUCAUUUUUGGCACCAUGCUGGUCUGGAGUGAGCUCAUUACCCCUCACGCCAUUCGAGUGCAGACUCCUCCCAGACACAUUCCCGGGGUUGUGGAGGUCACUCUGUCCUACAAGUCAAAGCAGUUCUGCAAAGGUACACCAGGCAGAUUUAUCUACACAGCACUGAAUGAACCCACAAUUGACUACGGUUUCCAGCGGCUACAGAAGGGGAUCAGACACCCAGGCGACCCUGAGCGCUUACCAAAGGAGGUGAUUCUGAAGAGGGCAGCAGACCUGGUGGAAGCUCUGUAUGGGAUGCCACACAAUAAUCAGGAGAUCAUUCUGAAAAGAGCAGCAGAUAUUGCAGAGGCACUCUACAACGUCCCACGUGGGCACAACCAGCUGCCAGGUCUGGCGAACAGCUCAGUCCAUGCUGGUAUGAUGGGAGUCAACUCCUUCCACAGCCAGCUCGCUGUUAACGUCUCUGAGUCCACACAAGGAGCCAAUCAGGGUUUCAGUCGAAACACAAGCAGUGUGUCCCCUCACGGUUACGUACCCAGCACGACACCCCAGCAGAGUAGCUACAGUACUGUCUCUACCAAUAUGAAUGGAUACGGUAACACAGGCAUGACCACGCUGGUGGGCUCGCCCAACUUCCUCAAUGGCUCUGCUGCCAACUCUCCUUAUGCCAUUGUUCCUUCAAGUCCCACCAUGGCCUCCUCCACCAGUCUUCCCUCCAACUGCAGCAGUUCCUCAGGCAUCUUCUCUUUCUCUCCGGCCAACAUGGUGUCUGCAGUCAAACAGAAGAGCGCUUUUGCUCCCGUCGUGCGGGCCCAGGCCUCGCCACCCCCCACCUGCACCAGUGCCAAUGGAAACGGCCUUCAAGAUCAAUCUUUUGUGGACUCUAGCAAGUACUCCACCGCCAACUCCCUGCAGGGACUGGCCUUCUCCUGAACGAUCCCAGGGAUGAUUGUUCCUCCCAUGUAGGGGCUCCUGGACUGCUGAAGAGACACAUUUGAUUUCAGCUCUCAUUAGAGAAUCUACGCUCUGAGCUGAAGGCAAUUUCUGGUGGAGACAUGAAAACUGAA